CCUCGAGUCCCUUGGGCCUGGACAGAUUCAGCGGCCAGCCGAUUAUCCUCUUCUACCCUCCUCAAGGACAAGGCCAAGAUGCAAGGCUUCCGGCCGACUUCCCAUUCAAGCUCUUCUCUCGACGCCAGAAGCGCGAGGCCCCCCUGUACAGCGCUCCCAUCCUCAAGAAAAUGGUCCAAAAGGUCAAGGCGAAGGUCAGCAACUUCACCUGCGUCAUGAGGAAGAUGAACUACAUUGACGACGACUUCAACAUCGAUUACAAGACAGCGAUCGAAGAAACAAAGAAACUGGACAUUGCUGACGACCUGAAGGAGGACCUCCUGGAAGCCAUGGAGAAGUGCAAGGACCUUACGAUGUGCCUCCCCCUCGAGAAGUCCGGCUCCCCGAUGCCCCUGAAGCUGCAGCGCAUCGUCGCCCUCAACAAGUGCUGGAAGAAGGCCCGCCUCGGCGUCUGCAUGAAGCACGACCUCAUGAAGUACCUCAACUGGUUCGACCUCUCCGAGUUCCCUGCCGACGAGGACGACGACGAGGGCUCGAAGGCCGAGAAGCUCCUGCACCUCCUGUGGGGCGUCGAGGCCAGGGACGACUUCCAGCUGUACUGAGCGGACGAAAGGGAACAGCUGGGCUCUCAGCGCUUCCCCGUGCUUGCUGAUGCGUCGCUUUGUCUUUUGGAAGAAAUUCGUAAAGUGUCGCCGAAUAAAUAAUGCAAAUUCUGAA